AUGAACUCGACAUUCGUUACUGCCCUGUCGAGGGCUCUGCCUACUGUUGGCCGCUCGUGUCAGAUCCGUGCUCCUGCUUUCCGGCUUACGAGACCCUUCUCAUCGACUCCCGCAAUUCUGGAAAGUGCGAAGGAGAAGACCCGUCAAAUCGAAAGAGAGAUCCUGAACACCCCUGCGGAGAAACAACCUGCCCAAGAGAAUGCGUCAUUCUCUGCGAUCACCAAGAUGAUGCAGGGCGAGAAGGUUCGCUCCAACCAGGGUGUGAGUCGCGACUAUUCCCGGAUGGCCGAGAGCCUGGAAGCAGAGUUGAUCAACCAACCGUAUGCCGAUCGGUCUCCUCCUUACCACCUACAUGUCUAUUGCCACAAGCACAACACCAUCUUGACAUUGACACGGCCGAAUGGAGACCCAAUGUUGGCUAAGAGCUGCGGUCACCUCGGAUUCCGCAAGUCUAAGCGUUCGGGUUACGAAGCCGCCCACCAGCUGGCGUCGCACGUCUUUGGCCAGAUACAAGAGAGAGGCUUUUUGUUGGAGAUCAAGCGCUUGGAAAUUAUCUUCCGCGAUUUCGGACAGGGCCGUGAGGCUUUCACCAAGGUUUUGCUGGGUAACGAAGGGAAGAACAUCCGCGGCUUGGUCUGUCGGGUGACGGACUCCACCAGACUCAAGUUUGGUGGUUCGAGAAGCCCCAGAGUUCGCCGUCUUGGUUAA